AUGGCUAUGGUUACCUUCGCUACAAAACAAGAUCCAUGGACCACAGAUGACACUAUGGGUACAGCAUCUAGCCAUCUCCGCGUGGCAGGUCAAAAAGGUGGUCUAUGGGCCACCAUCGAGGCAAUUCUCAAGGAAAAGAUAAGGCCUCUUUUUACAAAACAAAGAAACCCGAAGAUCACAAGCGAAGGCCGCAAGAAUUUCCACCCUGUGCCGUUAGCCCGUUUUGAUGGCAGUGUACUCGAUGAUUCAACCAGACCCUGGAAGAACACAGCCAUCUACACCACGAGUGUUUUAUCAUGGAUCAUUUCUCAGUACACGGCUACAGAUAAGAUGCAUCUGGAAUCGCACUUCCCACUAUUAGUCCCCGCCAUUCUCUCCUUAAUCGAUGACAGUAAUAUUUCAUUCAAAGCACAAGGCUGUCAACUACUCACCCAACUAUUAAAGUCCAUUCGCGAAAGUGGAUCCGACAUUCUCAUCCGUACAAACCUCAUCUCCGUCUUCGAGGAAGCCAUUACACCCUGCCUGCUCUCUUUGCCAACCAUCACCCCAGAGGCAGAUUCCCUUAAAAUUCUCAGAGUUGCGUACCCUGUGCUUAUCGAUCUUUUGGAAGCCGCAUACAAAACCCCUUCUCUACGAACACCUCAAUCACAGAUCAAAAAGGAUAAAGAAAGCUUCAAUACUAGUCUCGCCAAAAUACUCCGGUCAAACCUCAUUUCAUCAUUCAACCACAUCAGCUCUUCAUCCUCAAUCUCCGGUUCCAACGCUUCUUUCCCUCAUCCACUUCUCUCUACAUUUCUCAUGACUAGGAUCUGUGCCGUGCUCAAUAAGCUUGGAAUAGAGACCACGAAAUACCUCCAAGAUAUCAUCCCAGUACUCCAGAUGACUCUAUCAAAUCCAUUUGGAACAUCAGACCCCGCACUUCUUUCCGUGGCGGUAUCUACAACCCGAGCGGUGAUCUUGAACGCUCAUCCCCGUAUUUGGAAAUGGCGUGGUGAACUUCUUGCCGCUCUAUGUGCUUGCUGGCUUCAUGUCUCGGAGGAGAGCAAAGACAAGGAGAAGGGAAAGGCGCUGGUUGGUGUAUCGAAGCAGCUCCGGAUCACCGUUUCAUUGUUGAAGUGUACUUUGCAGAAUCCUGCCGCUGUUAGCAAUGGGGCACUUGAUGCGGAUCAGGUCUAUGCUAAAGAGCACAUGGAUGCGGAAUUGAAGGAGCUAGUUGAUGCUGAUCCUCAGUUGGAGCAGCUUUUAGGUCCUGCUGUGACACUGUAA